ACACGACACAGGAAACAUUGGAGAUUUCCCGGAAGUAGUAAGUGACAGGAGCCAGCAGGAGCUCAAUGUGACAUUUCGCGGUUGUUUCUGAUCUGUUAUUUAAGUAUCAGAAUGUUUCUUACUGCGGUAAACCUUGCCAAGAGCAAAUCUAAGACAUUGCUGGUUCAGAUGGUGAGUGCAGCUGGCACAGGUUACUGUUUCAACACGAAGAGGGGCAGAUUGAGAGAGAAGCUGGUUUUACGAAAGCAUGACCCAAUAGUAAACAAACAUGUUUUGUUCAUUGAGAAGAGGAAGAUCCGCUCUCUUUAAACAUUGGAAGAACUCUUCUGAUACAGACACUGAUGGUUCAUGUGCAUUGUGUCAAACUACAGACAUGAAACAGCCCCCACAGUCAGGUGAUCAAAAUCUAAACAUCCAUGGAGGAGGAUUUGAAGAUUUGAGUGGAAUUCUUGGACCCCACACCUCUACAACUGUGGAUGACUGGUUCAUUGUAAUGAGACCAGACAACCCGUAAGAAUAAUGUCCUGUUCACUGACCAUAAUAUUUAGUGUAUUGUUCGAUUUGUUUCUUUUAUUUCUUUUUUUUUUUUUUUUUGGACUAAAGCACAUUUUUGACACAUUUUGCAAACAAUGUACCACCUACACAAUGAUAUAUUGCCUUAGGCUGAAGUGGAUUUGUUGGAAUAAUUAGCCUGCUAAAUUAAUUCGUGAGAAAAUCAGUGUAAAUAAAUUUACCAUGCUAAAAAUAAUAGCAAUUCAAACAUAAAAACGGCUGGGUAAUUUGUAUUUCUUACAGAAAUUGACAUUUUAUUCAAUUUUCACACAUUCUUACAACAUGUUGAAAUCUUUAAGCCUGAGAGUCAUUAUUGAAAACAUAUUCUAUGUAAGCUAAGCUAUAUAUAUAAUCAUUUACAAAUGAAAAUCAUCAACAUGAUUUUCCAGUACAUGGUAUUGUGUAUUAUACAAACAGCUAUUAUGUGGCCACUGUGCACAGAUUAAUGGUAUUUUGUUUGUUUUUAAGAUAAGGGACCUUGACAAAUCACCUUCAGAAUAGUUCAGUUGGCAGAUCCUUCCAAAAUGGAAAGGAUGUUUGAGUGCCAACAGUUAGAUACGGCUGCGACGAGGUUGGCUCUUCUGGCCAUCAAAUCCAGUGGCAUUAUGGGAUAAUGGGCCAUAUAUAAAGCCAGUGCACCAAUGAAGUUGUCACCGGUUCCCUGUUAAGAAAUUAUAAGGUUCACUUUGUGGUUUGUCUGAGUAAUGUUAAUAAAUUGAAGUGCAGUUUGAAGACAAUUGAACUAGUUACCACUUAGAGAAAUUAAUAUGACAGCAGGGGGUGCCAUCAUACUUGUAAAUGGCGUGGGUUCAAAUGAUGUAACUUUGUACUGUACAUAAAGAAAUCUGGGAAACAAAUGGGAAACAGGUACAAAAAAUAUAUUAACUACCAAAUGCUGUAGAUCAUAUUUGAUGAUAAUGAUGAUGAGAUGUUUUUAUAUAGUGCUUUUGAGUCAUAUGUGCUUAUUUAGCUGUGUGCAGAGCAUGUUAAGUCUGUAGAUGCUGAUUUGGUUACAGAGUGAAAUUUCAGGCUUUCCUUGACCUCUAUCAGUACGUACUCUGUACUGUAGUGUCAAGCCUCAAAGUCUUUGUGAAAGUCUUCUGUUUGGAGAUGUGCACUUAUGCACACAUGCAGUGUGACAUUGUUGAGAAAAAUCUGGUUUUGUGACUUGAGAUGUUCAGUGGCUGUUAAAUCUUAUUUAACUUGUGCAUUUAGCAUUUUUUUCCCCAGGUGAAUCUCAUAAAGCCUGUCAAGAACUUCUCCACGUCAUAUUUCACCCCAUAAUGAAAACAUAUAUUCUUAAUUUAGAUAAUUAUAAGUUGGAGGGGGAGGGAGAUUUUUUUAAAUUUUUAUUUAGAGCUCUUUUUUUUUUUGAGUCAAUGGUA